AUGAGAACAGAAUUGAGAACAGAAUUGAGAACAGAAUUGAGAACAGAAUUGAGAACAGAAUUGAGAACAGAAUUGAGAACAGAAUUAAGAACAGAAUUAGGAACAGAAUUAGGAACAGAAUUGAGAACAGAAUUGAGAACAGAAUUGAGAACAGAAUUGAGAACAAAAUUGAGAACAGAAUUAGGAACAGAAUUGAGAACAGAAUUGAGAACAGAAUUGAGAACAGAAUUGAGAACAGAAUUGAGAACAGAAUUGAGAACAGAAUUAGGAACAGAAUUGAGAACAGUAUUGAGAACAGAAUUGAGAACAGAAUUGAGAACAGAUUUGAGAACAGAAUUAAGAACAGAAUUGAGAACAGAAUUGAGAACAGAAUUAGGAACAGAAUUGAGAACAGAAUUGAGAACAGAAUUGAGAACAUAA